AUCUUCGCCCUGAGCAACAGAAGUGGAGCUUCAGGAUGUGGACGGAGGAACCAAAGCCCUCCCACAUUAAGAAAGAAGAGGAAUACCCACUGAUCCCACGUUUUAAAAAGGAAGAGGAGGACCCACUGACACCCCAUUUUAAAGAGGUGGUUCUACUGAGCCCUCACAUUAAGGACGAAGAGGAAGAUCCACUGACCCCUCACAUUAAAGAGGAAGAGGAGGAACACAGCAUCAGUCAGGAGGGAGAGCAUCUUGAAGGACUGGAGGACUUCCCAGUGAUUAGUGUGAUUGUGAAGAGUGAAGAUGAUGAGAUCAAAAGUGAAAGUGAGGAGAAGAGAGAGGCGGAGCCUCCAAGCAGCAGCUCAACUCAACACAUGACAACAGAAGCUGAUGGAGACCACUGUGGAGGAUCACAAGCAGACAAGCUCUUAGCUCCACUAUCAGAUAGUGAGGACACAACGUCACACUCUCCUGACACUGAUGAUGAAGACUCUAAAGAUGAUAAGACAUGUCACACUGACAACACACACUUCACAUGUUCUCUCUGCGACAAAACUUUUAAUGACCGUCGUAAUCUGAAAAGACACAUGAGAACGCACACUGGAGAAAAACCUUUUUCAUGUUCAAUCUGCGGUAAAGAUCUUACUCGAAGGCAAUAUUUCAAAGCACACAUGAGAAUACACACUGGAGAAAAACCUUUUUCCUGCUCAGAAUGUGGUAAACGUUUUAUACAAAAUGCUUAUUUGAAAAUACACAUGAGAACACACACUGGAGAAAAACCUUUUUCAUGUUCAAUCUGCGGUAAAGAUUUUACUCAAAGGCCCCAUUUCAAAGCACACAUGAGAAUACACACUGGAGAAAAACCUUUUUCAUGUGCAAUCUGCGGUAAAGAUUUUACUCGAAGGCAAUAUUUGAAAACACACAUGAGAAUACACACUGGAGAAAAACCUUUUUCCUGCUCAGAAUGUGGUAAAUGUUUUUUACAAAGUGCUUAUUUGAAAAUACACAUGAGAACACACACUGGAGAAAAACCUUUUUCAUGAUCAAUCUGCGGUAAAGAUCUCAGUCGAAGGGACCUUUUCAAAGCACACAUGAGAAUACACACUGGAGAAAAACCUUUUUCAUGUUCAAUCUGCAGUAAAGAUUUUACUCGAAGGCAAUAUUUGAAAACACAUGAGAAUACACACUGGAGAAAAACCUUUUUCCUGCUCAGAAUGUGGUAAAAAAUUUUAGUAAGUCAAAGUUUAAAAGUACACAUGAGAACACACACUGGUGAAAAACCUUUUUCAUGUUCAAUCUGCGGUAAAGAUUUUACUCAAAGGCCCCAUUUCAAAGCACACAUGAGAAGGCACUCUGGUGAAAAACCAUACUCCUGUUCAAGCUGCAACAAAAUCUUUCAUCACCUAAAAACUCUUACAGUACACAUGAGAACACACACUG